AGAGGCAAAACAGUGAGGGAGCAAAGAGCAGAGGCAGGCAGCCGUGGAGAGAGUGGGACCAGCUGGAAUCGGAGUUUUUCAAUGUCGGAAGUGACCUAUUUCACCCACAAGGGGAUCUUGUUCCCCAUUGACUUCUACACCACAGAAAAUCUCCUCUAUGUGGAAAAUGAAUUCCAGUUUUUGGAUGAUGAUGUCAUGAAUGUCGUUUACCCUAAAUCAGGCACCCAUUGGAUGUCAGAGAUCUUGUGCUUGAUCCGUCAUGAGGGGGACCCCACGUGGGUGAGGAAUGUCAAUCUCUGGAACCGGACACCCUGGAUUGAAGUUGUUGAAGGCAUGAAGCUUGCCCUGAAAUAUCCUCCUCCCAGGCUCCUGAAUACUCACCUGCCAAUCCAGCUUUUCCCUAAGUCCAUUCUCCACUCUAAGGCCAAGAUUUUCUACACGGCACGAAAUCCCAAGGAUGUGCUGGUCUCAUUUUACCACUUCUCCAAAACCCAACGAUAUUUGAAGGAUCCUGGAACUGUGGAAGAAUUCCUGGAGGAGUUUCUGAAUGGGAAAGUGAUCUUUGGCUCUUGGUUUGACCACGUGAAAGGCUGGCUGGAGAUGAAGGACAGAGCCAACAUCUUCUUCAUCACCUACGAAGAGCUGCAGCAGGACUUGCGAGGAAGCGUGGAGAGGAUUUGCCGCUUCCUUGGUAAAGAGCUGAACAGCCAGCAAAUUGACUCGGUGGUGGAAAAUGCCUCCUUCCACAAAAUGAAGGACAACAAGAUGUCCAACUUCUCCCAAAUUGCCGACGAUGUUAUGGACCACACCAAAGGAAAACUUAUGAGAAAAGGGAUUUGUGGGGACUGGAAGAACCACUUGACGGUGGCCCAGAGCGAACACUUUGACCGUGUUUAUCAGGAGAACAUGCGGGGUGUGAAGAUGACCUUCCCAUGGGACUGACGAAUGCCAGAUGCUUCCUCUUGCUCUUCAGGAUCCUCACACUCUGUCCCAUCUGGAGCACAUUCAUUCUACCGAGAAGCCAUAUCCCUCUAGGAUGCCACGCUAAUUUUGGCGUUAUGUUCCCUGUGGGAGUACACUCACUGUAGCUGUGACACCUGUACCAUCUUCUCCCACAAAAGUCUGAUUUGUAUUAUGCUGAUUGACUGAUCUUGUAUCAAAGCCACUUCCCUCCUUCUCAGAUUGUGGUUGUGCACAGCAUUGGUUGUCUAUCGUGUAAGAACAUAGGAAGCUGCCUUAUAUCAACACAGUCCACUGGUCCUUUGAGCUCAGUAUAUUGCCUACUAGGGUUGUGCAUGGAGCCAGGAAGCCCAGUUUGGUUCGAACCGAACCAGACUCAGACUGAACCAGGCCCAGUUCAGUUCUGUGCACUUUAGGCCGGGCCCCAGUUUGGCUCGAGGUUGAAACAGUUCAUGCCCAGCUUGAAGGGGGGUGGGGGGUGUUCUACUACAAGCACAACAAUUUUUUUUAAAAAAAAACUUACAACCUGGGCACGCAAAUUGCCAGUGCCCUUGCGUGGCAGCCUCCAAAAUGGCCUCCUCAAUCAGCGGCAGAGCCAAAAUGGCCCCCAAAUUUGCUGAUACAGUUCUAAGAAGUCCAUGGGGGACUGGUAGGGGGAACGGGAACUGUUGGAGACCCCUCUGUGGCUGUGGCAGCCCCCUCCAGAGGACAACGGCAGUAAGUUUUCUUUUUUAAAAACUGAUGUUGUAGAACUCCCGAGCAGGCCUUGGGGGUUGGGGAGGGUUUGUCUCAAGGUCGUACCAAACUAAAGCGGGCCUUGUUUGGCUCAAGGGUGAGCCAAAACUGGCCCAGUUCAAUGGCAAACGGGCUCGACUUUGAGUCGGUCCGGAGUUGAGCCGGUCCGGAGUUCCCACCCUGGCGGCAUCUCCAAGAUAGGGCUGAGAGAGAUUCCUGCCUGCAACCUUGGAGAAGCCGCUGCCAGUCUGUGUAGACAAUACUGAGCGAGAUGGAACAGUGGUCUGAUCUGGAAUAAGGCAACUUCCUAUGUUCCAGAGCUUCCAGCAGGGAUUUUUCUCAGCCGGGCCAGUGCUUUUUUGUGAUGGUACACACUGGUACAUGGAUCUAAUACGUGGCACUGAAAAACAUCAUGAAGCCACAGACUUCAACCUACAGCAAUAAAACUCCUUGAAAUAAAA